GGCCUGGGCUGGCGCUGAGCUCCGCGCGCCCCCCGCCUCCCUCUAUGAGGCAGAGGCCGCGGCGGCCGUUCGCGCUGUCGCUCCGGGGGCCGCGGCGGGCGGGGCUCCGGCGGGGCUCGGCCUAGUCCCCACCCCAGCCCGGCUCCCUCCCUCUCCCCGAUGCAGGGGGCCGAGCUCCGGGAUGGCGAGGCGGCGGCGGCGGCGGCCGCUUCCUACCGCGUCCUGAGCCGCCUCCUCGGUUAUGGAGAGGCGGCCCCCGAGCCAGGCCCGCCGCUGCCGCCGCCGCCGCCGCCGCCUCCGGGCCAUGGCCCUCCGCCGCCACCCUUCCUCGCGCGACCCGGCCCGCGGGGUUCGCGACCGCCGCAGCUGAUGGUGUUCCGCAACGUGGGGCGGCCGCCUGAGGAGGAGGACGCGGAGGCGGCUCCGGAGCCGGGACCCUCAGAACUGCUGUGUCCCCGGCACCGCUGUGCCCUGGACCCCAAGGGUCUGCCGCCGGGACUGGCGCUCGAGCGGACCUGGGGCCCGGUGGCUGGACUCGAGGCACAGCUGGCGGCUCUGGGGCUCGGGCAGCCGGCGGCGCCGGAGGUCAAGACAGUCGCCGGGGGUUGCUGCCCGUGCCCGUGUCCCCCGCAGGCGGCCCCUCCGCAGCCCCAGCCGCCUGCUACCGCCCCGCAGGCCGGGGAGGAUCCUACGGAAACGAGCGACGCGCUGCUGGUGCUGGAGGCCUUGGAAUCGGAGGCCGAGAGCUUGGAGACGAACAGCUGCUCGGAAGAGGAGCUCAGCAGCCCGGGCCGCGGAGGAGGAGGAGGGGGCAGCCGGUUGCUGCUGCAGCCCCCGGCUGCCGAAUUACCCCCCGUGCCCUUCCCGCUGCAGGACUUGGUCCCUCCGGGGCGCUUGAGUAGAGGGGAGCAACCACAGCAAGCUCUCCCGCCGCCGCCGCCGCCUCCGGGGCCCCUCCGGCCGCUCGCCGGCCCUUCUCGGAAGGGCUCUUUCAAAAUCCGCCUCAGUCGCCUCUUUCGCACCAAGAGCUGCAACGGGGGCUCGGGCGCUGGCGACGGGAGCGGCAAGAGGCCUUCUGGAGAGCUGGCUGCUUCAGCUGCGAGCCUCACGGACAUGGGCGGCUCCGCGGGCCGGGAGCUGGACACGGGGAGGAAACCCAGGUUGACAAGAACCCAAAGUGCCUUUUCUCCAGUCUCCUUCAGCCCCCUGUUUACAGGUGAAACAGUGUCGCUUGUGGACGUGGACAUUUCUCAGCGGGGCUUGAUUUCUCCACACCCUCCAACUCCCCCUCCUCCUCCAAGAAGAAGCCUCAGCCUCCUAGAUGAUAUCAGUGGGACGCUGCCUACGUCUGUCCUUGUGGCUCCGAUGGGGUCUUCCUUGCAGUCUUUCCCCCUACCUCCGCCUCCUCCACCCCAUGCCCCAGAUGCGUUUCCCCGGGUUGCUCCCAUCCGAGCAGCUGAAUCUCUGCACAGCCAGCCCCCCCAGCACCUCCACUGUCCCCUCUACCGGCCUGACUCGAGCAGCUUUGCAGCCAGCCUUCGAGAGCUAGAGAAGUGUGGUUGGUACUGGGGGCCCAUGAACUGGGAAGAUGCAGAGAUGAAGCUGAAAGGAAAGCCAGAUGGUUCCUUCCUGGUACGAGACAGCUCUGACCCUCGCUACAUCCUGAGCCUCAGCUUCCGGUCCCAGGGCGUCACCCACCACACUAGGAUGGAGCACUACAGAGGAACCUUCAGCCUGUGGUGUCAUCCCAAGUUUGAAGAUCGCUGUCAGUCAGUUGUGGAGUUCAUUAAGAGAGCCAUCAUGCACUCCAAGAAUGGGAAAUUUCUCUAUUUCUUGAGAUCCAGAGUUCCAGGAUUGCCACCAACUCCAGUCCAGCUGCUCUAUCCAGUGUCCCGAUUCAGCAAUGUCAAAUCCCUCCAACACCUUUGUAGAUUCCGGAUCCGACAGCUUGUCCGGAUAGACCACAUUCCGGAUCUCCCACUGCCUAAACCUCUGAUCUCUUACAUCCGGAAGUUCUACUACUACGAUCCUCAGGAGGAGGUGUACCUGUCGCUAAAGGAAGCGCAGCUCAUUUCCAAACAGAAACAGGAGGUGGAACCCUCCACGUAGCAAGGGGUCCCUCGUGGCCACCGCUGAGGGCUUUUGGUUGCCAAGCUCUGGUUUUGAAGAACCAGAUGAAGUUAACAUGAAAAGAAGAGUAAGGACAAGCAAGAUGCUAUAGGAAGGGCUGGGAUUUUCUCUGCAUAGACUUGGUUUCCCUUUGCAGCCCUAGGGCUUGGAAGAAGCACACACUGUCACUUGAGUUGGGGCUCCACGGUCACAUCCACCCCUGUGGUGUCCUGGGACUGGAUGAGCUCCUUGCAAAACUGGAAGAAGUCUCAACACUGUUCAGUA